UGAUUGCAUACUCUUUUUUCAUUGGUCGCGCCCCCGGCACAAGACGACGAUUGGUUGCGCGAUGGACAUGACGAAGAGUCUGUAUCUACUGUAAUUUAUGAUAUAAUAACGUUACAUGUCAAACAUCGAUUUUAUAUCCGCUUAUAUUAUUAUAUAUUGUUGUAUGUAACAUUGUCCACUUUUACAAAAAGGGGUUACAAAAAAAUAAAAAACUUAAAAAGUCGCGUGUGAAAGAAUAGUGGUGGUUCCUCGCGCAUCUUUUUGUUUUGAGUAACGUAAAAGCUCAGUGACUAACGUGAACUUACCUCACCACCUCUUUUUCAUUGUUAAUGUGCCCUGAGGGUGUUGUCGCCACACUGAGGUUUCCGUUGCGUUAUUGACAGUUAACUUUACACCCGUGGGGGAUGAACUGGGUUGGAGGUUCAAGAAACCGGUUUGUGGUGAAGAAUAAUGAAAAAAAGCAGAGGGACUUCUUUGAAAAGAAAAAAAUGCAACUAAAGUUGAAAAACUUGGGACUUGCUCCACCAAUAUCCCCUCGAGACACAAGCUCUGGUAGUGUGGACAUGGUGACCUUGUUUAUAGUCAACCGGAUUGCUGCUAAGAAAGAAAUUAAAGAUCCUCCAAAAGUCGCGUUUUUUGGCGACCGUGAAGGAAGACCCAAGCAUAAAAGAAAUGGACCCCUUGCACUCCCAAUGAGCCCCUGCUCGCCGUCACAACUGAGUCUUGUUGAGGGCGAUCCUCAGUAUAGUGCUCAAGGACAGAGAAAAAGAAAGUGUGCUCUUCCUCAAGGCUUUAAGUGUGGGCAGCCCAGAGGUAUGAAGGACUGUAUCCCCUGGUCUUGUGGCUCAAACCCACCCCUCAACCAGCUGGAGCCCCCCACAGCAGCCAGAGUCGUUUAUAGAAGUCCAGAGCCAGAAUCUGUCCCUGGCUCACAGUUUAUAGAAGUGGCAGGAAGCAAUCGCAUGCGUCUCUCCAACUGCACUGACAAGAACUUUUGUAAGUUUUGUCCCCCUGCUCCAGCAUGUUUUGAGCACAACAGUGGGCACAUGAAUGGCCGUGAAUGCUCGCCAAGCUACUCUUGUAGCCGAGGUUACUUCAGUUCAGACUCUCAUGAUGGUGAACAAGGUUGUCAGCCACAUCUUCAGGCUACCUCCUCAAAGUUGGACCAUGCCUUUUGUGCAGAUACCCUGAAAACAUUCAUGGGCUCGCAGGGGAAUCCGAAACAAAGGCCCACCAAAACCGGGCCCCUGCUGAACUUUAGAGAUAAUCAGGAAGCCAAGGAGGCCGCAGUGUUCCAAGGUAAAUCCUCAGGAAGUAGCAGCCAACAGACAGGAACAGACACACUUGAGCAUGCCAGGCCUCCCGAUCUGGCUCAGACUCAGAGAUCAGAGCUUUGUGCAUGCAAUAAAACAACCAACAAAACCCGAGACGCAGGCACUCAAACUGUCGACUGCCUUGCAGCCGAGACGCGUAAUGCUUCAACCCAGUGCAGCGUUGUUGUUGACGAAGCCGCUGUGCUCAACUCCUGCUGGCCACCUGUUGUUGUGUCAGUGCAGCAUCCAGCCACAGGGAGGCAAACUCACACCGCUGUGAAGCCGAGCGCUCACACGCCAUCGUCACACAAGUGGAGGAGUGGAGAGAAGCAUACGCCCUGGACCAAGAAGCAAUCUGGGGCUGGUUCCCUGUCGGGAAGCAGCUGUACAAACAAAAGCUCUGAUGACAGCGUGACCGCGCAGACUCCCACAAACCCCCUCCUUCAUCCUCUGAGCAUGAGCGACGGCAGAGAAAAGCUGACAAGAGAGGUCAGAAAUGACAGGGGACAACACGAAAAUGACCGUCUGAUGAAAGGCCCCUUGAAUGAAGCGACAGAGGAGGUGACAUCCUUCACCGGGGCUGACAGACCCUCAGAGGAUGCUGACACACUUCAGGAAAUAGCUGACAUUUUGCUCCUACUAAAGCAGAGGAAGGAAGUUACAAAGUAAAGGGA